AACAUAUUCACAUCUCAAAGAUAUUCAAGUGAUAUAUAUUUUAAUUUAUUCCAUUCCAUGGCGAGCUCAUUGGUGUUUAGUGCAUGGAUAGUUUUAGGUCUAUUCAUGGCAAUAGGAACUUUAACUUUUGUUCCUCAAGCCCAGGCAGCCCGUGCUUUCUUUGUUUUUGGUGAUUCGCUUGUCGAUAAUGGCAACAAUAAUUAUCUGGCAACCGAUGCUCGGGCUGACUCUCCACCUUAUGGCAUUGACUAUCCAACUCAUCGUCCCACCGGGCGUUUCUCUAAUGGCCUAAACAUUCCUGAUUUUAUCAGUAAGCAACUUAGGUCAGAAUCCACAUUGCCAUACUUGAGUCCGGAGCUCACUGGACAAAGACUACUUGUUGGUGCCAACUUUGCUUCGGCUGGAAUCGGAGUCCUCAAUGACACCGGAAUUCAAUUUGUAAACAUAAUCAGAAUGUACAGGCAAUUAGAGUACUUCCAAGAAUACCAAAACCGAGUUGCAGCUCUUAUUGGACCUGAACGGACUAAGCAACUAGUUAAUGGUGCACUCGUCCUCAUCACUGUUGGUGGCAACGAUUUUGUCAACAACUAUUACUUGGUUCCUUAUUCCGCAAGAUCUCGCGAGUAUUCUCUACCAAAUUUUGUCAAGUUUGUAAUUUCCGAGUACAAAAAGCUUCUAGCGAGGCUGUAUGAACUUGGAGCACGUAGGGUUUUGGUGACAGGGUCGGGGCCAUUGGGUUGUGUUCCGGCGGAGCUAGCCAUGCGAAGCAGAAAUGGGGAGUGCUCAGCUGAAUUGCAACGAGCUGCCUCCUUGUAUAAUCCCCAACUUAAUCAAAUUCUACGAGAACUCAACAGUCAAUUUGGUUCAGAUAUCUUCGUUGGUGUUAACACACAAGCUAUGCACAAUGACUUCAUUAGUAAUCCUCAAGCAUAUGGAUUUACCACAUCGAAGGAAGCAUGUUGUGGACAAGGACGAUACAAUGGUCUAGGACUUUGCACUCCGGCAUCAAACUUGUGCCCCAACCGAGAACUAUAUGCAUUUUGGGAUCCAUUCCAUCCAUCAGAAAAGGCAAACGGGAUUAUAGUUGAACAGUUCAUGACCCGUGGCUCCACUGAAUACAUGUAUCCCAUGAAUCUCAGCACCAUAAUGGAAUUGGAUUCCAGGACCUAAUAAUAUUGUCUCAGGAACAAAUACAUUGACCUUGAUAAUAACAAGGACAUUCAAUGUGUUUGUUCAAUUGUUCCGCAAUGUAUUGAAAUUAGGAGUGUUGUCUUCAAGUAUUGAAAUUAGGAGUGCUGUCUUCAA